UAAUAUUAAUAAUGUAAAAGUUUAGCGGAGUACGAUCAUUGGUGAAUCUGAGUAAAUUCAGGGCGAGUGAUCAUCACCUCAAAGCCAGCCAUCACCAACCAAACAGACCAGAUUUAAUGACUAAAGUUGACAUCGAUAAAUAUAGAGUUUACAUUAACAUGCAUCCAGAAGCAAGAGAGAGAUUUUUUGCUACUUACACUUGGUUACCCAAAAUCACACCGUAAUUCAAUAUUCAAAUACUUAACUAGUCUAUACAAUUCAACUAUUGCCAAAUACAUUGCAACUUCAUUCUCAAGUGUCUAAGCUGAAGCUGUUUCCGAUGUCUAUUUCCCACCUAAAGUAAGGCAUCUAUUCAAUCCCUUUAGCUUCAUGAGAACGGCAUCAAUAUAUACACCUCAUAUAGAUUCGGAAAAACCUUUAGAUAUGGUAGAUCCUUAGAAAUCGUGGGAGGAAUCUUCUUCUUAACUACUAAAUAUCCAGUCUAUUAUGCUUUGGUUGCCCUAUUUGGCUACACUAUUGGAUUCAAUGUACUUACUAAUUAUAAAUCUAGGCCUUCUUCUAUGAACUCACAAGAAGAACAGUCAUCAGAAUGGAUUUAUUGCCUCAUACACAUCAGAUUGCAGUUCAAAAAGUGGGUGCUUUUGGAUAAGUGAUCACUAAAUUGCAUUAAAUUUCUGAUUUGGAACACGUUGAUUUUUCAGAGCAAGAAACAAAAGGUAAUAUCAAUUGAUACUAUUAUACAGAGAAUUACUUUUGGAAUCUAAAUUACCAUAAAUUGGAUAGAAAUCUAAUCUUCAAAGACAAAUCAACUGGAGAAUUUCUCACUUUUGACAGUGAAGGGUGGUGGGACAGACAAGCCCUAGAGCAUGAAUUGCUUAAUUGAUUAUGAUCAACAAUUCAAUAAAAAAAUAUAUAUCACCA